UGUUGUGUAGUGUAAGGGGUGGUUGGACAGGUGUGUAUGCUUGGGAUGGAUGACGGUGGGCUUCACGCAACCACUGCAACUCUUUGUUCGCUCUGAUCAGACUGCCUCUUUGACUUUCAAAGUUUUGUUUCUGCUGAGCUUGCCAGACCCAAAGCACUGCUACAAAGACGACGACGGGCCAAAGCCAAAAGAACUUGUUCGAAAGUCGAGCGCUGCCUUCUCUCAGAUUGGCUCGUG